GAGAGAGAGAGAGCGCUCUGAUGAGAGACAUAGAGGAAAGGGGAGCCUGUUUGCCGGAGAGAGACAAGAGAGUGAAGGAUCCGGAAGGAGGGGUUGAAAAAGGGAGAUUUUUAUUGGAAGCAGUUAAAGUGGUUGCUAUGAGACCUGUUCCAGCAAACAGAGGCACAGCAGCCAGCCUGAAACUGAUUGUUCUUAUCUCUUUUACGAAAUCUUUCUUUUUACACAGUUUUUGAGUUGUUUAAUAUCCUAGCAAGCACCUGACAGUGUUGUGUGUGAGUGUUUUUUUCCUCAUCCUGCCCUUUCUCCUCUUCCUUAUCCUGUACUACUUCUUCAGUCCUUGCUGUAAGAUGGAGAUAGAGAAUGAGACCAUCUGCUCCUCAGGCAGCUCCUCAGGAGGGUCCAGAGAGUACAAGGUGGUGAUGUUGGGAGCAGGGGGAGUUGGUAAAAGCGCAAUGACAAUGCAGUUCAUCAGUCAUCGGUUUCCUGAUUAUCAUGAUCCCACCAUAGAAGAUGCUUAUAAGACCCAGGUUCGGAUUGAUGAUGAGCCUGCAUAUCUAGAUAUUUUGGAUACUGCUGGACAGGCAGAAUUCACAGCCAUGCGGGACCAGUACAUGAGAGGUGGAGAGGGCUUUAUUAUUUGCUACUCUGUCACUGACCGACAGUCCUUCCAGGAAGCUGCUGGGUUUAAAGAGCUCAUUUAUCAGGUCCGCCACACCUAUGACAUUCCUUUGGUGUUAGUGGGGAAUAAAAUUGAUCUGGAGCAGGCCCGACAGGUAUCCACUGAAGAAGGCUUGAAUCUGGCCCGAGAGUACACCUGUGCAUUCUUUGAGACAUCAGCAGCUCUGCGCUUCUAUGUUGAUGAUGUUUUUUAUGGCUUGGUGAGGGAAAUCCGCAAGAAAGAAUCCAUGCCAUCUCUGAUGGGGAAAAAGCUGAAAAGAAAAGACAGUCUUUGGAGGAAGUUAAAGGGCUCCCUGAAGAAGAAGCGGGAAAACAUGACAUGACCCCUCAGUCUAUGACUGACUUAUCAUCUUCUUCUCUCCAGAGCUGAUCAGUCUGACAAUUACAGAUGUAGCACUUCAUUAUACAACCUCUGAUUCUCCACAUUUUCCCCCUUCUCAUUCAAUUCUGCCUAUAGGUAAAAGCAAGAUCUGCAUAUCUGUAUUUCCUGAGGUGAUUCUGUUUUGUCUUUAAAAUUUGGAUGGAUUUUGUCAAUCUACUGGAUAUGCUGUU